GUCUGGCUGUCCACCAGAGACAUCCCCUCUAGAGCUGCCUCCCGAAAGUUGUCCCCACGUUUCACCGGCCCCUAUGAGAUCAUCUCCAUCGUCAGUCCCACCACCGUCCGUCUCCGCCUCCCAUCUCACUCCCGAGUCCAUCCCACAUUCCACGUUUCUCAGAUCAAGCCUGUCAUCUCUAGUCCCUUGUGCCCUCCGGCCGAACCCCCUCCACCCACCCAGGACCACCACGGACGUCAGAUCCAACGGAUCGUGGCCUCCCGUCCACGUGGUAGAGGUUUCCAAUACCUCGUGGACUGGGUUGGUCGCGGUCCCGAGGAUCGGUCCUGGCUCCCUGGUUCCGCCAUCCCCGACCUGUCUCUCAUUAGCUCCUUCCUUGCUUCUCGACCCUCCACGUCCUCCUCGUGGUCGCCAGGAGGCGACCCUUGAGGGGGGGGUGGUGUCAGGACUCAGCCGGCAGGGCCGGGCAGCACGCUGCCGGCUCUGCCGUCUCUGCUUCUUCCACAGGUGUUCGGGGUUGACUGUUGGGCGGAGCACGCACACCUGCGGGCAGUUGAGCAGCACUGGGCCCCGCUAUAAGAACUGCGCUCGAACAGCGGGAGGAUGCCAGAGUGUUACCGUUGUGGUUCACUCCCUGAGCGCUGACGUCUCCUCUCGUGCUCCUGCGAGCUCUCCCGUGAUCCCUCUCGUGCUCCACUGGUUACCUUCUGAGUCGGCUUCCCCGGACCCCAGGUACCCCUCUGACGAUCUUCUGGUUCCUCCUGCUGUUCUGAUCCCUUGGAUUCCCCCGGUGCUGCUCGGACCCGCUCCUGCCCCAGCUUCCCACGGACACCCGUCUCCUCCACCGUGUGCUAGGCUGAGACCGCACUGCCCCCUCCCCGGUCAGGUUCCCAGCGCUUCGUGUGUGUUCCGGUUCCCUGGUCCCCGUUCGUGUGCCCCAGCGUCUGCUGUGGCAGAUUAGCUCUCGUCCUCCCCGUUGUUCCUUGUAAAUAAAACCCGUGAAGUC